CAAAUGUUUCAUAUUAUUGUUUUUAUAGAUAGCUCAAAUAAGAUACCUAAUCUUAUUUAUUUUGUAGAUAAGAAACUAUUUUCGUCUGCUAUGGCUAUCUAGGUAGUUACUAACUACCUGACCAGUUAAAAUCAUAAAUAACUUUUAAAUAAUUAUAAUUAAGUAGGUCCGUACCACAACAAACCAUUAUUUUCUAAGUAAUCUAGACCUAGAUUCUACUAUAAAUUCAAUAAUGUAAAGGUUCAUACAUACUUGCCUAGCGCCUACCUAAAUACCUUCUAUUGAAAUAAUCAUUUGGUGCAAAGGUCGAGAAAGUUGCUUAGCAAUGCCACUCACGUUGUACAAAAUAGACGCAAGUCCGCCGGCCCGCGCUGUAAUGAUGGUCGCUGAUAUCCUUAGAGUAAAUUAUGUCGCAUAUGAUAUUAAUCCGCUUAUGCGAGAGCAAGACACGCCGGAAAUGACGAAGAAAAAUCCAAUGCGAACUGUUCCUUAUAUAGAAGAAGAUGGAUUUUGUUUAGGAGACAGUCACGCCAUUAUGUUGUAUCUGUUUGAUAAAUACGCCACGGCCGAACACUGGCACCUCUACCCGACGGACAAGAGGAAAAGGGCGACGAUUAAUCAGAGGUUAUUCUUUGAUUGCGGCGUUUUAUUUCAAAGGCUCAGGUCUGUUAUGGCACCUUCUUACACAGGAAGGCUGACGGAAUUAUCCAAAUCAAUGAAAAGGAAUAUAGACGACGCGUAUAGAAUGCUUGAGGCUUACUUGUCAGAUACUUUAUUUUUAGCUGACGAAGUCGUCACAUUGGCUGACUUAAGCGCCAUCACUACUAUGUCGUCAUUGCAUGGGUUACAUCCUAUAGAUGAGAAAAGGUAUCCAAAUGUAAAUCGAUGGUACAAUAAUAUGUCCGAGCUAGAAAUUUGCAAGAGGAUAAACGCCCCUGGCGCGGAGGCACAUGUAGCGAGCUUAAAAGCUUUCAUGGCGGUUACAAGAUCGAACCUUAAUUCUAAGUUGUAGCCUCAAUCCACAGAAUUAAGAACACACAGAAACCGUGUACACGACUUAUAUUCAAUCAUCAAAAACCACUCCACUUCAGUGAUUUUUCUCGAACAUGCGGUUAGUCACUUAAUUCCAAGUAGCAGUUGAUAGUAAUUAUUUACCUUUAAUGUUAAAUAAAAUAAAUAAAUAAAUAUACUCCGACAAUACACACAUCGCCAUG